UGGUCUCCACUCCUGGGGAGGGUAACAGUAGUGUUGAAUUUCCUCCAUUUGUACACAAUCUGUCUGACUGUGAAGCGGUGGAGUCCAAACAAUUUUGUUUUGUAACCUUUUCCAGCCUGAUGAGCAUCAACAACUCUUUUUCUGAGGUCCUCAGAAAUCUCCUUUGUUCGUGCCAUGAUACACUUCCACAAACAUGUGUUGUGAAGAUCAGACUCUGAUGGAUCCCUGUUCUUUAAAUAAAACCGGCCGCUCACUCACUCACACCUGAUCGUCAUCCCAUUGAUUGGAAACACCUGACUCUAAUUUCACCUUCUAAUUAAACUGCUAAUCCUAGAGCUUCACACACUUUUGCCACUUAAAUAUAUUGGAUCAUUUUCCUCAAUAAAUAAAUGACCAAAUAUUAUAUUUUUGUCUCAUUUGUUUAAUUGGGUUCUCUUUGUCUAUUUUUGGAAAAAUCUAAAACGAUGUUUUAGGUCAUAUUUAUGCAGAUAUAUAGAAAAUUCUAAAGGAUUCACAAACAUGAUAUCACUGAAAUCUGACCAAAGACAUGACAAUGUAAAAAUAAAAAAAAGUUUUAAUUUCAUUUUGUCUUUAAAGGCUCUUGGCUCCUCUAUCUAUUAACAAUGAGUUUUUUUUUUGUUUUGUUUGUUUUUUUUUUAAUCAGAAGUUAAACAGGCGUUCUUCAUGUUGACUUUUCCGUCAUAUUGUGGAACGUGGAUUGGUUUUGGUCACAGCCCAGAAAACAUCACUGUCAUCAUGGACUGGCCCUGCUGUGUGUUAAACCUGUCAGACUGGAACUGUCAUGUGCAGAAGGACUGGAGACAGUGGACGUCAUGAAGCUUAGAGAGGACAGUGUGGUUGAACCUGAGUGACGAGAGCACAUAGCUUUACUCAUUGUCUAAUGCUCACUUUGAGUCAGCAUUCCUCUUUGGACAAUUUAAACUGGUCCUGCAGGUACGGUACAAGUUUUCUUCGACAUGUUAUGUCAGACCAACAGUGGUGAAAGAAUACCUAGGGUAUCGACGGUAUUGAUUUUUUUUUAUUUUUUUCAAAGUUGGUCCUUAUACACAGGAGCAUUCAGUGAAUUGCUGCCUCUUGAUUUUUCCUUAAAUGUUUCAGGUUGUGGAAAUGCAGAGGGGCAGGCUGUGUUCCAAUAGAUGAUAUUAAUAAAAUAUUCAUUUCAUUAAUUUAUGAAUCAAUUAAUUAAAUAUGAUCUAAAAUAUUAAUAUAUCUGGCUUGUGAAAUUAUUCUUAUUACUAUUAUUAUUAGUUUAUUUUUGCAUUUAUUUAAUAAUAUUUAUUUAUUUGUUUUUAGAAAUGUGUCACUCAAAAUUCAAAUUCAGUUAAAGCCUUUGAUUUAAUUGCAUUUUAUCCGGAAAUUCACUUUUUGUCUUUAUUCCCUACAAACUUUGGGUUGCAUUAUGGAUAUUCUUCAUAGAAAGAUCGUUUGGUAUAUUUGCACGAUCCAGAAGAUAAAAUAAUAUCAAAAUCAAUCAUAAUUCAGUAAUGAGAUAAAAAAAUAGAGAGGCACGGUGGCUUGGUGGUUAGCGCGUUUGCCUCACACCUCCGGGGUUGGUGCUCGAACCCCCGCCUCCGCCCUGCGUACACGGAGCUUGCAUGUUCUCCCUGUGCUUCAUGGGUUUCCUUUGGGUACUCUGGUUUCCUCCCCGAUCCAAAGCCAGGCAUUGUAGGCUGAUUGGCAUUUCCAAAUUGUCCGUAGUAUGUGAGUGUGUGUGUGAUUGUGCCCUGUGAUGGGUUGUUAGUGUGUCCGAGUACUCUUUUGCUACACAUUCAAAAUUAUGUACUUUUUUCUUCACACACACAAAAAAAGAGAAGAGUACAGAAGAAGUAGACGAACUAGGACGCAGAAUUAUAUUCAAACGGCAAAACUAGUAAUACUGAAAAGGGUGUAUUUGCUCUGUUUUGUAAACUGAGCAUGAAAUAGAGGGCGCUAGGACCGCGCGAUUGGAGCCAUCAAGACUACGAAGGGAGGCAGUGCGCAUGCGCGGACUCUCCAGCCGAUCUGUAACUACAUCCAAGCGCGCGCGCGCGCACACGCACGAAGAGCCGCACAGAGCGUUACUAACGAAAACAAACGGAGGAGCUUGUACCUGGUUAAAGGAGCCGUGAGUCGGGGUAAAACAGAGCGUUAACCGGGGAGGGAAGAAUAAAAGAAACGAGCUGGAAACGAAUAAAGAGUUUUACGACUCUUUGGUUGAGAAAAAUAACUUGUGGAAUUUAAAAAAAAAAAAAAGGAAGGGAAGAAAGUGCGCGAGGCGUUUCGACGUUAAUGAGGAUUGAGGAGGAAGAUGAGGAAUAAAGCGGAUAUAAAUUAGAAGCAGCUGCUGAAAUCACGGAGUUUCAUUUAAGUUCAAGGAUGGCUUGAGUUGUUUGUUUUCAAUUGUUUGUUUGUUUGUUUGUUCGUUCAUUUGUUUGUUUGGGAAUGAAACGCACGCGCUCAUGUUGGGAAGAGCGCUGAAGAAACUUUACCGCGUCUGAAACAACCGGUAGAGACCGGGAGGAUUUAAAACCACCUGUUUCUGGACUCUUCUCUUCACUUUUCCUGUCCUCAUCAUGUCCAAAGCGGUGCAGAAAAAGAAUCACUGGAGCGCGAGAGUGAGCGAGUGCGCGGUGCGACGGGACGCACGCGGGGACGUGAACGUGCGGCUGCAGGGCGGAGCGGAGAACGGGGAGUUCGUGUGCGUGGGCCGCGUGGACCCCGGCUCCAUCAGCUACGAGCACGGCACUCUGACCGAGGGAGAGCUGGUGCUGGAGGUGAACACGCUGCCCGUGUCCGGAUUACCGCUGUACGACGUGCUGAGCGCCGUGAGGAACUCCACAGGAGCCGUUAGACUCAAAACCGUCCGUCCAGGGAAUAAGCUGAAUAAGGACCUCAAGCAGUACCUGAGCCAGAGGUUUCAGAAGUCUUCAGAAGACCACAAGCUCCAGCAGACCAUACGGGAUAACCUCUACCGCCAUGCUGUGCCUUGUACGACCCGCCCCCCGCGCGACGGAGAGGUUCCCGGAGUCGAUUAUAACUUCCUCUCGGUGGAGGACUUCCUGAAGCUCGAGCAGAGCGGGACGCUUCUGGAGAUCGGCUCUUACGAAGGUAACUACUAUGGUACACCCAAACCGCCGAGCCAGCCCGCCGCUGCUAAAGUGAUUGGCGGAGAGGCGUCGCCCAACGAGGAGACCACACCCCGUCGCUCCAAGUCCUACAAUGAGAUGCAGAAUGCUGGAAUAGCCCCCGCCGACACAGAGGAUGAGGAUGAGCUUCCUGAAAUGAACAGUAGCUUCACAGGAGACUCGAGUGAACCGGACGAACACCCCUCAGUCCACCCCUUCGCCCCAUCUCACCAGCUCAACAGCGUCCCGACGGCAACCACGGAGAGCACGCAGAACACGCACACGCACCCCAGCCACCCCACGGACGAGGACCCGCUGGGACCUCUACCCGAAAACUGGGAGAUGGCUUACACCGAGAACGGCGAGGUCUACUUCAUAGACCACAACACGAAGACCACAUCAUGGAUCGACCCUCGGUGCCUGGACAAGCCCCAGAAACCCCUGGAGGAGUGUGACGAUGAUGAAGGAGUUCAUACUGAGGAACUGGACAAUGAUCUAGAGUUGCCCACCGGCUGGGAAAGGAUCGACGAUCCAGUGUACGGGGUUUAUUACGUAGAUCACAUCAACAGAAAGACGCAGUAUGAGAAUCCCAUAAUGGAAGCGAAGAGGAAGAAGCAGUUGGAGCAGUCGCAGCCUGCAGAAGAGUGGAUAGAAGAGAACGCUUCAAGAGCACCGCUAGCCAGCUACGCCUCCAUUCACCAGGAGAUGCCCAGAAGCCCAGAGCCUCCUUUUCCCCAAGUAGAGGCCAAACGAGUGAAGCCUUUCUUCACACGGAACCCGGCCGAGCUGAAGGGAACCUUCAUUAACACUAAGCUGAAGAAGAGCCGCCGCGGUUUUGGUUUCACGGUGGUCGGGGGAGACGAGCCGGACGAGUUCCUCCAGAUUAAGAGUCUGGUGUUGGACGGCCCGGCCGCCCUGGACGGCAAGAUGGAGACAGGUGACGUAAUCGUCAGCGUAAAUGACACUUGCGUCCUGGGCUACACGCAUGCGCAGGUGGUGAAGAUCUUCCAGUCCAUUCCUAUCGGUUCCAUGGUAGACCUGGAGCUGUGCCGAGGCUACCCGCUGCCCUUUGACCCCGACGACCCCAACACCAGCCUGGUGACCUCGGUGGCCAUCGUGGACAAGGAGCCUAUCAUCGUCAAUGGCCAAGAAAGCUACGACUCGCCAUCCAGUCACGGCAGCCAUAACGGCACCGUCAGCGAACCUCCUCGGCCCUUAAGCCCCGCCCACGAGCCCACCCCCGACGGUUCACAGGAGCAGCGUUUCGCCGGCGAUGCCGUGACCCUGGCGUCGUCCAUCGCCACGCAGCCCGAACUGAUCACGGUGCACAUGGAGAAAGGAGACAAGGGCUUCGGCUUCACCAUCGCAGACAGCCCUGGGGGCGGCGGCCAGCGUGUCAAGCAGAUCGUGGAUUACCCACGAUGCCGAGGGCUCAGGGAAGGCGAUAUCAUCGUGGAGGUGAACAAGAGGAACGUGCAGAAUCUUACUCACAACCAGGUGGUGGAUCUGCUCAGCAAGUGCCCUAAAGGCAGCGAAGUCACCAUGCUGGUCCAGAGAGGGGUGGCUCCUGCCAAGAAAAGCCCAAAACUGCAGCCGCUGGAGAGAAAAGACAGCCAGGGUAGCCACCGCAGUUUUCCCUCAGACUCGCCUCUCCACUCCUCACAGGCUCCAUCCACAGAGACGGCGCCUCCGCCUCCCCCCGUCCAGCCGCUGCCCGGCCUGCCCCCUCAGGAACCGGCAACAGACGGCACGCUCGCCAAGAAACCGGACCCGUUCAAAAUUUGGGCCCAGUCCAGGAGCAUGUAUGAAAGUAGGCUGCCAGAUUACCAGGAGCAGGAUAUCUUUCUGUGGAGGAAGGAUACAGGCUUCGGUUUCCGGAUCCUCGGAGGGAAUGAACCCGGAGAGCCAAUUUACAUCGGCCACAUUGUGAAGUACGGCGCCGCAGACGAAGACGGCCGCCUGCGCUCCGGGGACGAGCUGAUCUGUGUGGACGGGACGGCCGUGGUGGGCAAAUCCCAUCAGCUUGUGGUACAGCUCAUGCAGCAGGCAGCCAAGCAGGGCCACGUCAACCUGACUGUCAGACGCAAGACAGGAUAUGGAGUGGUGAAGGUGGACGGCGAGGUUCCUCCGUCUCCGGCCUCGUCCCAUCACAGCAGCACCCAGGCUGCGUCUCUGACCGAGGACAAGCGGACGCCUCAGGGCAGCCAGAACUCUCUGAACACGGUCAGCUCGGGCUCAGGCUCCACCAGCGGCAUUGGCAGCGGAGGCGGCGGCGGUGGAGGAGGAGGGGGAGGAGGAGGAGGGGCAGGCAACAGCAGCGUGGUGCCCAGUGUAAUCCAGCCGUACGACGUCGAGAUCCGGCGCGGUGAGAACGAGGGCUUCGGUUUCGUCAUCGUCUCAUCCGUCUCCAGACCCGACGCAGGCACGACUUUCGCUGGAAACACAUGUGUGGCCAUGCCUCAUAAAAUAGGGAGGAUCAUCGAGGGCAGUCCUGCGGACCGCUGCGGGAAGCUGAAGGUGGGAGAUCGCAUCCUCGCCGUCAACGGCUGCUCCAUCACCAACAAGUCCCACUCGGACAUCGUCAAUCUGAUCAAAGAGGCGGGAAACACGGUCGCGCUGCGCAUCAUUCCAGGAGAUGAGUCAUCAAACGCAGCGCUGCUGACCAACGCUGAGAAGAUCGCCACCAUCACUACCACACACGCACCUCAACAGCAAUCUGCACCUGAGCCAAGAAACAACACCAAACCUAAACAGGAGUCUUUCGAGUUCAAAACGCCUCAGGUUCCUCCUCCGCAAGCCCCCACCCAAGCUACAAACCAGGAUGGGGAGCUGUACUCCGUGGACCUGGAGAGAGACAGUAAAGGCUUCGGCUUCAGUCUGCGCGGAGGACGCGAGUACAACAUGGACCUGUACGUGCUGAGACUGGCCGAAGACGGAGCGGCAGUGCGCAGCGGCAAGAUGAGGGUAGGAGAUGAGAUUUUGGAGAUUAACGGCGAGAGCACCAAAGGCAUGAAGCACAUCCGCGCCAUCGAGCUGAUCAAAAGCGGUGGCCGGACAGCACACCUCGUGCUGAAACGCGGUGACGGCUCUGUACCCGAAUAUGACGGCAACAACGACAACAGCAGCUCCGUCAACAGGGCUCAAACUGUUUCGGAAGUGAACGCAGCACCUCCUGACAGACAGCCCCACCCGCCAUUGGAUUCCAGCUCUCCACAAGACCUUCAUAAAACAUCCCGGAAUGAGGACAGGAGGACACGUGAGUCGGGUCAGCGCAAGCAGGGCCACCGCUCCAACCAUCACCAUAGCAACCACAGACACCGCACCCCAGACAAAAGGGGCAGGAACAGACACCAUCAUAAGAAAAGUAGCAGCAGUGCUAAUAAUAAUAAUAAGAGGUACAGCAAGGAUGAUUCGUACAACCAUCAGCAGCACCGGAGGCACCAUUCGCCGGAGAGGAGGCGCCGGGCGAGGAGUGCCGAGAACACUCUGGACAGCCGACAUGAACGUCGGCACGGUCGAUCACCGGAAAGACGCCACAAUCGCCACUCCUCUCCUCAUAGGCACCAUUCACCACGUCGGUCAGGACACCGCCACAGGUCCCCUCACCGUCACAGAUCACCAUAUCGCUCCCCACAUCGCGCCAGAUACCGUUCCCCACGCCAGCAAUCCAACCCUCCUUCUGACAGGCGGCCCAAUGGCAAACCACAGCGGGAUGAGGAUGUUGUCUUGAAGGAGCCUCCAUCUCCUGAUCCUUCUUCCCACUUGGACAGUGUCCUGAAUGAGUUGCCUGCAAUGGAUCGGCUAAACCGCGAGAGCCCCUUGCCACGGAUGACGUAUGACGGUUUAGAACGUGGCAACGGCCUGACAUUCCCAGGAAAGUCCUACAGUCGUCUGAACAGUAACACCACCCUCCCCCAACAGUUUCCAAACAACGGUACAAGCCUCCCUCACUUCUAUGAACGUUGGAACCGUGACCACACCUUCCCCCGGCAGUCCUAUGGCCACUUGAACCACGAUGACACGCAACCCCUACUCUCAUAUGACCGUGCGAACAGAAACGAAGCUCUUCGCCGAGAGUCCUACGACGGUCUGCCCCAAAGCAAUCCUUUUCCCCGAGAGUCCACAGACCGCUUUUCGACACUGCCUCGGACAUACGACGGGGACAGCCUGCCCAGGAGAACCUACCAGGACCAGAGCCUUCCCCGCGUCAGUACCCCUGACUCGGCUUUCCAGAAGUACAGUGCGCUCUUAAGGGGUCGCUCUCCUGAGCGAAAGACCCGGUUAUCCCAGUCGGACACUCCAGGAGCAGCCUCCUACAGAGCCAGGAGCCUCGACCCAGACAUGUUGCCUGCGAGAGGUUCCCGAAACAUGCUAGACUCGGACGAGGAAGACAAGGAAAGCAGUGUAAGAAACUACUACAGCAAACUCAAGUCCAAUUACGGCAAUGUCAACAACGCACUCCCCGAGCCCAGGAGGAAGGCCUACAAAGAGAACUCCAAAGAUCUCAGCAUCUGACAAGACUGGUGCAGAACAACAAACACGCCCUCGCUCCAUACAAGCCCUCAUCCGAGGACCCUGUAUACUAUGCUAUGAAUUUGACAUUCCUGUGUUUUCCUAGAGAGAUUACUUGACAACUUGUAACAAACAGCGGAAGAAUGGUUUUUGCUGUACGUUCCAGGAAUUGUUGGUCGUUUCUUCUUUUUUUUUUUUUCCUUUCUUUCUUUUCCUACAAUAUCACAAACACUUCUACAUCUAUCAGAGAUUGACGACUAUGUAUAAAGAAAACGAUUAUGUGCCUAAUAGUACCAUUCUUGAUGGUUUUUAUUUUAUAAAGGGCAGUCUUUUGAACUACUGUCCGAGUAUAUAGUAUUUUUCGGUUUCAGAGACCACGCCCAUGCACCGAGCAUCUCUCUUCACCGGGUGCUCACAUGUAUGCCGUGCAUGUCUUUACACUUUCAGUGUCUUUCUUCUUUAUUUCAUUUCUUUCUCUCCCUCGGUGCCAAUGAUUUUUACACAUUUGACCAGAGUAUAGCACAAGUCUGCAUUCAUUUGUAUAUUUUUGACAGUUUGCAGUACGUGUACAUUCAGAGGUGAUCGUUUUACCAGAAUGAAGGGAACGUGAAGUUUAAAAUAUGAUAACGUGAGAAUAAAAUAUAUAUACGCAAUCUUCGCUCCUGUCUUAAUUCGAGUACUUUUAAAGGCCGCAGUCUGUACGACGCAGGUUGCAUGUCGGCGGGCCACGAUGCAAACGGAGGGGGAAGACCGCAGAGAAGGCGGAACGGUCAUUUGAUUUUGAUUUUAAAUAAAUAAGCAAGCCACAUUCCGGACAUAUCGAGUUGGCUGGAAGAUACAGCGGGAUAUCUCCAUCCUACUUCAAAGAGGAUAAAGGAGAGAAAUGAUUGAAUAAUCUGGCAACAGAGUUAGCCCUCUGUUAAAAAUCCAGUGAGGUGGCCUCUCUUUCUACAGGGUUAUCUUCUGAAAAGCAGAGUGCAUGCUGUUUUCUGAUAUGGAGAGUCUGACAAGACGAAGACUGGAGAAAAGGAGUACAGGGCAUCUGAGGUCGCUUUCAUAAAUACUGUGGAGGCAGCUACAUUUUUUUCUGUAUUCAAUCGAUGUAUUUUUCGUUGUUGUUGUUGUUGUUGGAUUUGUUUACCACAUUACGCAUUGAUUUUCAUCAUGCAGUGGUUCGUUUACUUCCCCCUCAUCAUUUGGCGGUUAAUACUACUUCUUAAUCAAGAUUCAACCUCCCAGAAUUCUGAUUCGUGAAGCUCCAGCAAGGAAGUUAGCAGGGGGUUGGGGAUUGUUAUUCAGAAGCCAUUCCCGUCUACCUACAAUAUCUCGCUGUUUGUUCAGGCAGAUUUCAGUCCUUCGGUGACGUGAUUGCGUCAAAGACGGAUCGAAAACAGAAGGAUAUAAGU